AUGACAACAUGGAGAGAAGACCAGGAGCAGCUCCCUUCCAUGAUUUCAGCGGAAGAUGUGACAGAGAGGCAACGCCUCGCGGAUCUGAAGGAUUUUCGGAAAUACAUGGUUGAGACGGGCUCUGUUCAGUGCUUGGUGAAGAUGUACAAGCACGCGGUCAAGCACGAGAUGCGGCUUGACAAUCCCAACUUGGUGACACAGUUCUUGGCUGGAUACACUGACGGGAAUCCCGACGCAAAGGAGAUCCGACAGUUGCAGCGGGAAAAUGCCACCCUGGAGGAGUACAAUCGGGUCAUGGAGCUCCAGGUGGAAGAACUGGAAGGGCAGAUCGAGCAGCAGAAGCGGUUCAAUCUUGCGAAGCUCAUUUGGAAACUGAUUUGCCAAGAUUCCGAUCAGGAAGACAUGUCCUUGGACGAGUUUUACAUGCGGAUGUGUGGCAAUGAGGUGGAGCCUUCCACAAAUGAAGUCUUGGUCGAUUUGCUGCGGCCGGAGUUCUACAAAGACACGGAUCAGGCCACAGGAGCAAGGAUAUCCCAAGAUGAUUUUGCAAAGAUUGUUGACGAUCUCCCGGGCUCGUUACUUUCCUGGCUGCAGCAGGAGCUCAUGCCCAGGCAAUGGGAGUUUUGUCUGCCAGGAGAACGUAUCGGCUCAAGACAAGCGAUGUUGAAUCUGAUGGCGCUCAGAUUUUGCUUGCUGCUGGUGGCUUACACGGCCUUGGCCACCGAAGAGAAGGGAGCCGCGUUCUUGAAGGAGAAAGAAGCCGAAGAGGGAGUGGUAAAGCUUCCCUCUGGUUUGCUCUAUAAGGUGCUUCGAAAGGGAGAUGGACAGCAUCAUCCCACCAAGGAUUCCCCUUGUGAAUGCCAUUACAAAGGCACCUUGAUUGAUGGCUCGGAGUUUGACUCCUCCUAUCGACGCUCAGCUCCUACCACCUUCAAGCCCAAUCAGGUUAUCAAGGGGUGGACUGAGGCUUUACAGUUGAUGGUUGAAGGUGAUCAUUGGGAAAUCUAUGUCCCCUCUGAGUUGGCCUAUGGCAAGAGGGGUGCCGGUGCCAAGAUCCCGCCAGAUGCGGCGCUGGUAUUCACCCUGGAACUGCUGAAGAUCAAGGGUAGCAAGGUGGAGGCCAAGUUGGAGUCGGUGGAGCCUGGGGAGGCUCCGUUUCAGAAGGAGCUCAUGAAGGCGAUCGUUGACUCAGAUUUGCUGCCGCAUGAUACCUUCCUGUUGGCGGAAGCGGUGCAGCUGGAUGAACACUUGGUGGAACUCCUAGAGGCCUUGUCCAAAGGGCCCAAGGAAGCACCACCUGCAGCGAUUGCAGAGGAGGAGGAAGAGUAA